GUCAGUGUUUUUUCAGAUGCCUGUCCAGGUUUCGUAAAUGCGAGAUCAUCAAAGUAUUCGUGAUUCAAACGAUGAUUAUCAUAUUUAACACUUCAUGAGAAGACACUUUCCGAACGAUUUCUUCCCACACCUUGAGGAAAUACCAAGCUCCAUUGUUACCGACCGGUGGUGACUUUCAGCUAGGGAAUUUCCGGAGUUAUCGACUGGUAUACGCUGCCAGACUUUUUUGGCAGAUCCCCCUUAGCUGAAACCUUGGACGCGCACACGUAUCGGGUUACUCCAAGAACGAAACUGUGUGAUGUGGCAGAGCUGAAACCAUAUCUUGGAAGCGAAAGACGCUCAGUACCAGUGUUUUACCAGGCAAACACCACCGAGGGUUCAGUCGUCUGCUGAAGAUGUCGUCUGCGACUUUACUAAGUUUUGUGUUUGUUUUGUCGACAAUUAUUCUCCAGGAUAUUUUGGCUGCCGAAGAUGAUCUGAUGGUUGUGACAGUUGCAACAGAUGAGACUGAUGGCUUCAAGCGCUUCCUGAGAUCUGUGAAGAAGUAUGGGUUCGAGUUGAAGGUGCUUGGUAUGGGGGAGGAGUGGGAUGGUGGUGAUGUUGCUAACUAUGCAGGUGGGGGACACAAGAUCAACCUUCUGGCUGAAGGCCUGAAGAAGUACCAGGACCGAGAUGACCUGCUGCUGAUGUUUGUAGACAGCUACGAUGUCAUCUUCAACAACGACCCAGACACCAUCAUUGAGAGGUUUAAGAAGUUUGAUGCCAGAGUAGUGUUUUCAGCCGAGGGAUUCUGCUGGCCUGACCGGAGCCUGCAGGACCAGUAUCCAUCUGUGACUAUAAAUGAAAAGAGGUUUUUGAACUCAGGAGGUUUCAUGGGCUAUGCCAAGGAUGUGUAUGAGAUGAUAACACAUGAGUCUGUGAGCAACCGAGAUGAUGACCAACUCUACUACACCAAGAUCUUCCUGGACGAGAACUUGAGGGACAAAUGGAGAAUUAAACUCGACACCAGGUCAGAAAUCUUCCAGAAUCUUAAUGGUGCUCUUGGUGAAGUUGUAAUCAAGUCACUGGGGAGCCGCAGCUACCUCUACAACCUCAAGUCAGGCACCUCCCCUACGGUUGUACAUGGGAAUGGACCAAUUAAGGCUGAGUUCAACCGCAUUGCAAACUAUCUUGCUGAUGGCUGGACAAUCCAACAUGGAUGUCAGAGUUGUGAGGAAGAUACCAUCAGUCUAGAAGGGCUCAAGGAGGAGGACUACCCGACAGUGCUAGUAGCCCUUUUCAUUGAGAGAUCAACACCAUUCUUGGAGGAGUUUUUGGAAGCUGUAGCCAGUCAGAACUACCCCAAGUCCAGGAUGGACCUGUAUAUUCACAACUUGGAAGACACUCACAGAAAGACAGUGGAGGCGUUCAUCGAUGAAUACCAGGAUGAAUACCAGUCUGUAACAUCCAUAGGCCCCUAUGAUGGAGUUGGUGAAGCCAUGGGCAGGAACUGGGCCAUAGCGGAGUGCAUCAAGAAGAACUGCAAUUAUCUGUGGGUCAUUGACUCUGAUGCCCGAUAUGAGGAACCAGAAGCUUUGAAACUGCUUAUUCAGCAAAACAGGUCUGUGAUAGCUCCACUGGUGUCCAGGGUGGGCAAGCUGUGGUCCAACUUCUGGGGUGCCUUGGGACCAAAAGGAUUCUAUGCCAGAUCUGAAGACUAUGCAGACAUAGUGGAGACAAAGAAAGUGGGCCUGUGGAAUGUGCCAUUCAUCAGCUCCACAUACCUGGUGCAGGGACAGAAACUACCCAGUCUCAGGAAUGCAUACUCAAUCAACUCCGAGCUCGACCCAGAUAUGUCCUUCACUAAACAUGUUCGAGAUCAGGGCAGCUUCCUGUAUGUGACAAACAGACAGAAGUUUGGACACCUGGUAGAAGUGGACCACUAUGAGACAGACCAUUAUGUCAAUGACAUGUUCGAUAUAUUCAACAACCCCACGGAAUGGGAGGAAAGGUACAUUCACCCUGACUAUGCCAAGUCUUUGAAUGAGGAUGCUGACAUAUUGCAGCCAUGUCCUGAUGUAUUUUGGUUCCCCGUCGUCACUGAGCAAUUUUGUAAAGACUUUGUAGAUACAAUGGAAAACUUUGGACAGUGGUCAGGUGGAAAAAAUGAGGAUCCAAGGUUGGCAACAGGCUACGAGAAUGUCCCUACUGUAGAUAUACAUAUGAACCAAGUGGGUUUUGAGAGACACUGGCUCCAUAUCCUCCGUAAAUAUGUCCGCCCCCUGCAGGAGAAAGUCUUUCAAGGUUACUUCCAUGAUCCUCCCCAUGCUAUCAUGAACUUCGUCGUGAGGUACAGACCGGAUGAGCAGCCUCUGCUGCGUCCACACCAUGAUUCCUCCACCUACACCGUCAACCUCGCCCUCAACAGUCCCGGGGUGGACUUCGAGGGUGGUGGAUGCCGCUUCAUCCGCUACGACUGCAAGGUGACGGCCACCAGGAAAGGGUGGAUGUUGAUGCACCCAGGUCGCUUGACACACUACCAUGAAGGACUACGUGUGACCAACGGCACAAGAUACAUCAUGAUCUCAUUCGUAGACCCAUAGACGCCAGGCCAGUCAACUCAAUGUGAAGUGCUUGCAGUUCUUUCACUUGAUCAUUGUUGAAGUUAAGCAAGAAAUGUUAGGUCACAUGAAAUUUGUAACUAAAUGGCCAGACGUCAUCUGUCAUGAAUGUACAAUAGCUUAACAGCUGUCAUCCAUGGAUUCAAAUUGUAGAUAGGAUCUAUUGUCCAAUGCACCGUAGGUGAUAAUGUCUUAACAUAGGUGUGGUAAUUAAGUGGAUAUUUAAAUCUGAAGAAAAACAAUAUAUAAGUACUUUGGCAUUGGAAUACUGGCUGUAUUAAAGUAACCUUUGUAUUAAAAAAUACAAAAUAAUAUUUCUUACUUUAGGAGAUAGAUAUUAAAUGUUUUAUUGAGUAUAUUCCUGGGAAAAUCAAUUUGAAAUGACAUUGUUCAGUGCAGGUUUUGAAUGUUAAAAUGUCAGGGUAUCGAAAGCUUGGUGCUCAUUUUUCUGAAGCGCUCUCUCUAUGUAUGUUAGCUCACAGGUUUGUGAGACAGGCGGGACAUCAUUCCAGAAUGCUAUUACCAUGGACUGAAUUGGCUUCAUGAUCCAACAAGUCAUGUCAUACGCCUCAGUGAUAACUGACCUUCUGGUCAGCAGAAAGUUGAUCUGACAAAUAUUGUUCCUUUAUAAUAUUUAUUUAAAGUGAUAACUAUUUCACCAAACCAAAUGGCAUGGUUUCUCAAACUGGGAUUGAAAUAAGAAAAAUUCAAACAAGUAUUUGUGAGCUAUGGAUAGUCUAGAUUUCCAGGUUUCUAAUCCUAGUUAAUCAUGUUCCAACCAGUCACAUUGUAGGAGACACUCCCAUUCAUUAGCUUGGAUUGCUGCAGAUACAUCUUACCCUGCAAAAACUUCCUGAAUAUUUUAUACUGAUAAAGCUUUCUGAAUACCAUUGGUGAAAAAAUGGGUGUUAUUUGCCAAUAGUUUCCGUAGAUGGCAUAUCAAUUAAUGUAGGCAUGCAACACAUAUGGGCUGUUUGUCAUCACCUUUGAACAUAGCACAGCAUAACAAGUAAAAGAAACUAAACUUAAAGUCAAUGAGUGAGUCAGUGCCUUUUCUCUGGGACCAAAACAUGAUUCUUGUGCAGUCCUUGCUAUCAGAUGUAAUGUGGCAUGCCUUGCUAUGCUUCUGCCACAGCAUACGUUGUUCCAUAGAACAUCAUGCGUGUGAAAUCAACCUAGUCACAUAGGCCUAGAAAGUCGGGUGCAUUGAAUGCAUCAAUGACUGUUGAGUUACCCGUCUUUGUGAUAUGCCCCUGUGACAGAACAGCUUUCAGGUACAAAUACAGUUGACUUGUGUAUAUUUUAUUUACUUAGGCAUUUAGAUAGUUCCUACAGUGUGAACUGUGUCCUGGAUAAGAUCAGCAGAUUGAUGUCGCAUCCAAAUAAAUGGAAAGCAAGAUGUGUGAAAGGAAAUGAAACUGUUGUAAUGAGUGUCAAAUUGUGAUGAACAGUUGAUAUCAUGAUGACAGUUGCAGAUUGCUUAUUCAGGUGAAUCUCGGUUUUAACAUUUAGAUAAAUUUGCAAUUUCAGAAAGAAUUUGAGUGCGUGUUUAGAUUAGUCAGGUUGGUUGCAAACUGCUGCAAGAAAAUCAAAAUAUUUUAAGAUUUCAAAUGGUGCUAUUAUGCUUAUCUAUUUAGUGCAAAUACUUUUUAUCUGUAUUCUUGUAUCGUGUUUAUAUCAGAUUUGUAACAUGGAUGUUUAGUUGCUAUAUACAGUUGUACUUGUUCAAGAUGUGCAAACACAGCUAUGGUGAUAGGAAACAGCAAACAUUUGAGGAUACGUUAUCACACCAACUUAUAGAUUUGUUAACUUACAAGUCCUCAUUGUGUAUGGGAAAUGAAAAAAAAAGGGAACUAAACUCUGUCUGUUGGUACAUUGUUGAUGUACUUGGCAUGCAUUAUGAAUAUGUGUAACUUUAUAAGUGCAUUCAUCUCCACCACAGGGUGAGGUCUGAGAAACCCUUACUUCCCGACCAAAAUGAUACACAAUUUUACAUGUAACAAUCCGCCUAUAUAUAAGCUGGUUGGUCAACUUGAAGCAAAGACUUAUCACAUAAACAUAUCAUUCAUGUCGAACUGUUGUUGUAGAAGGUGAUAAAACGUUGGUACAGAGACUUAACUUAUUACUGGCAAUCGUGUAACACCAAUCCAACUUUCCUUUCCUAAUUACUCCUCUAGGGUGCCGCACAUCAUUGUGCUGAGUUGUGUUCUUUAGGCUCACCAGAAACCUAUGAUUGUUGGCUCUGAGUAGUCUCCAUUGUGUUUCUGGGUUUAUUAACACCAUACCUGUGUUGUGUGUUUCCCCAACGCAGUAAACAUGUGAGACCUCCUUCAGUUUGAGCUUUCUUCCCUCUUGAAGCUGACAUUCCGUAAUAUAAAAGGAAUACUGGAGCAGAGCCUUAAUCAUUCACUAAAUGUGUGGAAGUCAUCAACACAGCCCAUACUGAGAGCAGUUGGCUGAAGACAUCUGGAAUUAAAACAUUGGCACUUACAUCACACGUUAUAUGAAAGUAAGUGUGCCAAGGGCCUUGCCUGCCUUGUUGCCUUGCACAGCAUGUAAUACAGCUUAUUUCUGUUUUCAGUCUUAGUGGUCAUGCUACGACUGUUCAGUGAUUAACUAUCUCCGUCCUAUUCAUUGUAUAUAUGAUAUUGUUACACUGGGGGGACUCUGGUUUGAAAUCAGCAUAUUUUCUCAAAGAUAUAGCUCAAUUCUUUGUUCCAACCAAUCGUAAACUGUAUUCUUCAGAUACUUAGGGAAAACUGUGUUUGUAAGUCAGCUUUCUACCCCACCAUUGCGUGAUACUGUGAACUACGAUGUCCAUUUCGUGUUCUGGUUGGUAAAAUAUGUACAGUUCCUAUGCUGACAUAAGGUUCCCUGUUUGUAAAUGCAGUGUGAUCAUAUGUUAUUGUCUUCCACAGCAAGGUAUCCACAUGUUGUUUUGUUACCCUCAUCCUGCAACUACUUGUGUGUAGGUUAGUAUACUGGGAAUACACAUUUUAUUUCCACCGAUAUAUGAAAAUAUUUGAUCCCACUGGAAAAACUUUAUAUUUAUGUACAAAAUCAAUGUUACCAGUAAUAAAACAUGGAACAGG